CGACUGCACAUCGCUCUCUAUGCUCAUUGGUUUUGCGUGCGUUUUGCUGAACGGGUCGCUGGAACGCCUUGAAACAGCGUGCAGCAGUUCAUUCCUAGCCUGGUAUCUGCUGAUGUUUAUAAAGUUUUUUUUUCUCACCCAGUGUUUCCCAACAUUCACACGGGCAGAAGAAGAACUCUCUGAAAAUCUACUCCCAAUAAUCGUGCGGACCCACUGACACAAUCUGGUCGAUUUUAGCGUACGUAAAGUGGUUGCAAUCCUCCGCGAAAAGAAAAUCGGAGAUAAACAGGCGGAAUUGGGAAAUUGUGUUAAGUGGUUUACUGAGAAAAAUCGAUUCGUUGUGUUCUUGCGAUUUUCAGCUGGCGAGUGUUUCGAUUUGUGGUCAGUGCGGGGAAAAUUGGGUUUCGCCCCGUUAUACGUCGCGGAGAAAAAAGUGUGUACAUGAAAUAAUGUCGAUCCGAUUGGGAGGCUGCCAGGGCAAAAGUGAAGAAAAGUGAUUGGGUGGGUGAAAAUCGUGAGGGUGAAAAACGCCUACCAGGGUGCGGUGAGUGUGUUUGUGUGUGUGUGUGUUUGUAUAUGCGUAGUUUUGCUUGAAAUCGAAUUAACUACGCGAGAAGCAUAUCAAAAGUGGGAGUAGUAAGUGAUCAGCGACUUUAGCGAUAAAUGGAUGCAAUUUUUUGUAGCUUACCUUGGAAGUUUACCACUUAAGACACACAUACGACAGGCGAGAGUAGCUGUAGGAAACCAGUCGUUGAAUUGCUAAUAGUUUGAACAUAGGGUACACAGAGAGUGCGGUGCGGCAAAUACACGACGAGGUAAUAAUAAUAAUAAACUCGACAAAACGGAAGGUUGACUGCAUUCAACCAGCCAACAAUCUACCCCAACUACAGCGCUUUAUUCUGGCUCAGAGGGAGACAGACUUUUAGCAGCUGUGCACUCUCAAGAAAAUAUGAAGAUUAACGCUACCACCAAGAUGGCGACCCCGAUUGAAGAGAAAGUUGAUCAGAAUCUAAAGACACGCACCGGUAUGGUUAUGAUAAGCGAUGGCAAAAGUAAACCUGAACUGGCCCGGUUGCACCUAUCGAUGGAGAUGAUCACCAUCCAGAAGCAGGACACAUCGACGCCAGCGCCCACACCAACCAGCGUUAGUCAUCCGCCAGUGGAAUCAAAGGAACGAAUGGUACAAAUCACCCGCCAGAAGGUCGGCGGUCUAGGAUUAAGUAUAAAAGGCGGAGCCGAGCACAAACUCCCGAUACUGAUAUCGCGAAUCUACAAGGACCAAGCUGCCGAUGCAACAGGCCAACUGUUUGUAGGGGAUGCCAUCAUCAAGGUCAACGGUGAGUACAUCACAGCGUGUCCGCACGACGAUGCAGUAAACAUACUCCGCAACGCUGGUGACAUCGUCGUUCUCACCGUAAAGCACUACAGAGCAGCAACACCAUUCCUGCAGAAACAAUUGAGCAGAGAAACGCCCGAAUCGGACAACGAUGCAACGUGUGCAGAGCUGAAAGCGGACGAGGUGUGGAAAUCGGCAAACAACAGCAGACCCGUUUCCAUCAGCUCCGAGCCGGAAAAUCGAUGGAUUGAUUUAGUGUCGGUUCCCCUCAUGAUGGCCUACGUCACCCGCUACAUCUACGGCACCGAUAAGCUGCGGCCAAACGCGUUCGAAGUGCGAGGCCUCAAUGGAACGACGACCGGAAUAAUUCAUUGUGACGACCUGGCCAUACUGAGCCAGUGGCUCAAAUACAUCGCCGAUAACAUUGUGGGACUAACGAGCCUGCAGAUGAAACUGUACAAUCGCAAUUUCCCGGUGGGCGAACGGAUCGAGUACAUGGGCUGGGUGAACGAAGGGGUCAUCAACAAUCACAUUUCGUGGCAAAGCUACAAACCGCGUUUUCUGGUGCUGAAAGGCACCGAGGUGAUGCUGUUCGAUUCACCCCCACUGAAUGUGGCCGGGCUACAAAAAGCUUCCGUGGCGUACAAAGUUUACCAGACCAUGUUCCGGGUGGUGAAGGAGUCGGAGACGGUGGAUUCGCGGCAGCACUGCUUCCUGCUGCAGAGUUCGGGCCACGAGCCGCGGUACCUGAGCGUCGAGACGCGACAGGAGCUGCUGCGAAUCGAGAACAGUUGGAAUGCCGCCAUUGUCACUAGUGUAAUUAAAUUAGGGCGGAAAACAUUUGCGGUAUCUCACCACGGUAAGACUGGAGGCCUAACCUUGGAUUGGCAGACAGGUUUUUCGCUAACCGAAGGUGCCGACGCCAGCGUGAUUUGGCAGUACAAAUUUUCCCAACUGCGUGGCUCAAGCGAUGAUGGUAAAUCCAAACUGAAACUUCACUUCCAGGACCAUGAGACACGCUCCAUCGAAACCAAGGAACUCGAAUGUCAAGUUCUGCAAAGUUUACUCUUUUGUAUGCAUGCGUUUCUAACGGCUAAAGUUGCUUCGGUAGAUCCUACCUUUUUGAGUUCGAUUCAGCAGGCUUGAAUUUACGCUGAAGCUGUCGCUGCUGUUGCUGCUAGUCAAUUAGCAGGUGAAGAUGAUCGUGAUGACGAUGACGAUGAUACAGGAAGCAUACUACGAGUGACUAUUAUAGAAUCGUAAGCAAUUAUUCAUCUCGUCGAUGUUGGCUGACGACAAACAAUCAAAAAAAAAACCCCAGAGAGCAAACUUAGCAGUUGUGUAGUUCAAUUUAGGUUUCAAAACUUCCAGAGAGUCAGCGAAAUUCCCUAGAAAAUAUACACACUAGUAACGAUACUACGUAACGAAGCAGUGUUUUCCAGCGUUUGAUGCAUUUAGGCGACUAAAAUUGACUGAUUUUCACAAGUACUUGUCUUAGUUAUAACGAAACCAGGUAGUAGAGUUAAUUGUUUUAAAGAAUAAUAACACGUACCUAACUUAUUGAGCGCAUCGGGAGGCCCUGGGAGGCUUCCGGAUCUCUUGUGUUAUAGAAAGGUGCUAAUGAACGAGGAAGAAGCAAGGAGGCGCGAAGAGGGUGCAAAGAGCUACCAAAUCUGUUCUACUAUAUACAUCAACAUCCAUGUUAAAACGGCUAAAUCGAAAUUUUAUGAUAUGGUGCCCACAGACUUCAGCAAGUAGCAAGCAAUGGGGAGUGUAAUUGAAAACCAAAUAAAUUUGAAUAAACCGAAGGAUUCUCACGCGAGUGGGAAAGCUCACACGGGAAGGGGGUUUGAGAUAAAGCAAACUUGUAGCAUUAAUUAGGCGGCGAGUCGUGCUAACCAAAGCAGUCAUAGUUAUAAGCAGGGGGCAAACGUUGAAUUUGGUUAUAAGUUAAAAACUCACACUAAGAAAGGAUAAAGAUUUUAGGUACCGUGGGCGGAGGGAAAGGAGGGAAAGGUACGAGGUCAAUGCCUGGGAAUGAUUGAUUGGAGCGAAACUUGUUCAUAUCGCGGCAUAGUCUACAAGAGUAUAAUAUUAAAUCGAUCUUGUUUCGUAUCAUGUUUUAGUUUUUAAUUUCAGUUUUAUAUUCAUAUAUGUUCCGUGAAAAAGAAUUGAUUUUUCUAGAAUACAUCAACCGCAAGAAAAACAUACAUAAUAAAAAAUCAGAAGAGUCCGAAUCCCAUCUGUCUUGAGCAUACGGCCAAUUAUUAAAAUUCGUAAUGAAUCAAAUGUGUUUUCAAAAAAAAUGUGAAACAGCCAGUUUAUACGUCAAUGGAAACUGUUGUUCAUCGUGUUCUCUCUUUCUCCAAAACCACCAGAAAGCUCACCUCCCAAUUAUACCACUCUCGACGGAACAAUUAGCGAACAAUACGCAAAUUCGAAGACCUCAAUGAUUUUAUUAAGUUAAAGCAACUUCAUGACAAGUUAUUGAGUGGAGAUGAGAAAUAAAACAAUCUCAAGACUGAGAUAACAUAUUUCGUCGACAUUCAUAAAACAGAACUUAUUGCCCAAUGGAAUGUUUCUGACGUAGAACUACGUCUUUCAGGAAGAGUGCCAAAUUAGAAAACAGAUCACGUUUUUAUGAAAUAAAGUUAACGAUAAUAACUAUUUUCACUGUGAACGAAUUCUCAUGAUUUGCAUACUAAUCGAAUCGGAAAUUCUAUAAGAUUUGUUUGACAUGCUAUACAUUACAAUUCACUAAUCUCUAAACGGUUGAAAUUCAUGAAAACUGGAAGAUUUUCCCUUUUCCCAUACAUUUGUUCUGCCGAUUUGUGUGCUAACCCUACCGGUAUUUCGAAUGCUUAUAACUCGAAGGAAGGAAGGUAUUGAAUUAGAGAGACUUUAAACUCUGAGAGUUCAUUCGUCUCUUAUUAUAACUCGAGCUUCUCGAGUUUCUUAAUAGAUCGGAAAGAUGUUCGCAUCAAUUGAUAGGAAAUAUUUCUACGCGUCUAUCACAAUUAAUAUGUUUUUUUUUUCAUGAGAUGAACAAUUGAAUAACUGUAAAAUGUCAAGCGUUAUCUAAACAUCCUAACUGCCAAGUUUUGAUUGGCCCGAUUUACGGUUUCCCCAAUACAGACUUCAAAAUCGAUGAAUCUGUGGAAAUCCGCUUUGCAAAUAUACCUGCAAGUCGAGGGUAUUUUUGUUCCCACCGAGCUGUGUUUCCCUAACACGGAGUUCGAAAUUAAUGUGCCUGGGGGAAAUCCGCUUUGCAAAUAAUGCAAGUCGAGGGUAUUUUUUGGUGUUGAGUACUUUUAUACUCGCUUGUCGUUGUGCAGUUUCCCUAAAACGUACUUUUAAACUGAGAAGCCUGGGAAAAUCGUCAUUUCAGAUACUAGAAGUGAAUAAACUUUCGCGGAUGCUAUAAAUUCAGAGGGAAAUGUAAAAUACAAUGAUCGCUUGACAAUUCUUCCGUUCACAUAUUUUGGUAUCCAGAAUUUUAGAAUAUAGAUAUACACUACAUUUAUUUAAAUACAACGUAUAUUUCAUGGAAGUAUGCUUUCAAAUCCCCGUAGGAAAGCCUUACUGUUGCAUGUUGUGGGGCUCGAUCCUCGAGUGGAAUAUGGGAGCAUAAGUGUUUAUAGCUUGAGAUCGAUAUCUGAGUGGGAAUGGGAAAAUUCUGGUACGGGUUGGCAGCGCUGUUCAAUUGUAAAUGUAAUAUAUUAAUUUAUUAUAUAUCUAAUAAUUAAAAUUAUAGUCUGGUAGCGAUAUCCAUAUCAUUCUCCAUCAGUUUACCAGGCCAGGCCUACCAGUUUAAAAUUGUUUGAAUUUCAAAUGAAAAUUUUUACUACUGAAAAAGUAACAAUAAAAAAAACUAAAAAGUUAUUUUAAAAAAAAUCGAUGCAUUCUAAAAUAAUAUUUAAAGUGGUAAACAAGUGGAUUGCAUUAUAUAAUUGCGUAGUUCUACGUCGGAAAUGUGGUCGUGUCCUAAAUACAACCCCUUACUUUUUUUUUAUCCAAAAUAUAUAUUUUUAUCAAGGUUCAUAUGGCGUUAGCCUGUUGGUACAAUCCUCAGCUCUUGGUGAAUGAGCUGGGCUGGGCUGCACAACCUUCGGCCCUUGUAUCUGUAAAGAAUAUGUGUAUAUUACCGCUACUAAGUAAAAGUUUAUCGAUCGGAUAGGAGGAAUAAGGAAAAGCGAUACAACGAAGGAAGCAUCAUUAAACGUUGACAUCGGCGUUUCUGAGGAACAGGUAUAAAUGGAGAUCAGGAUCACGGCUACUUAAGAUAUCCCGGACGGAGAUAUCCGAUUGUCUACCUUGUGCUCUCAGUGCUCUAGAGAGCUGAGAGCGACAAUCACAAAGAUUGUUUGCUGCGAGUCCAAUGCGAUAAACAUGCGCGUUUAGGUUGUAGUGAUUGGACAUAAGCCGAGAUAUCAGGCGAAUGAAAUUACGACCUACAUUCAAUCCCUUGAACCAUGCAUUCGUCGAGACCUUAGGAAUAAUCGUGUGUAACCAACCACCGAACUCAUCUUCACUCCACAUGCGCUGUCAACUUACGAGUGUGUGCUAACGAGGAAUGUGGAAAAAUUCAUUAUAAGCAAUUUGUCUUUUGUGUGCCUUCUAAAGCGCCUACCUUAGCUAGCGAAUCCUCAUUCUCAUUCCCCGGAAUCGAGCAAUGAGAGAGAACCCAGGCUAAGGUAAUCUUGAAUAAUUUUUCGACCAAAACACUCAAUAGAUAUCUUAUUUUUGUUAGGAAAUCAGAUGAGCGUUCAUCAACAUUGCGCGGAUUGCCUCUUUUGAGCUGAGACUAUCUGAAAAAAUAAAAUAAUGGUCGAUGGGCAGUGUUUCAAUGAUCCCUAGAGCAUAGUAUAUCGCACCCAUUUCAGCGACAUACACGGAACAAGCGCCUUUGAGUUUGAAAGAGGCACUGGAAUUUUCAUUGAAGAUGCCGAAACUAGUGGACCCGUUUAUGAGUGAACCGUCAAUAAAGAACAUCUUAUAAGAUCUAACUUCCUCCUAUUUUGCCGAAAAUAUCGACGGAAUAACAACGGAGCGCAGAUGAUAAAAAACGCGACAGAUAAAAAAAAUAGGCGGGUUAUAUCUAUGAUAUAACCGCAAGGUUGACGUGGGACUACUUUAGCUUAACAAUUAUUUGUUUGUAUUGAUUAAAUUUUUGAUUGAAUGAAACAAUUUCAGAAUUCAAUUGAAUUCAAUAUCUUUGCUUUGUGCGUAAAAAGAUUAUAUAAUGCCAUGUGAGGUCAAUUCAUGCAUUGUGAUUUAUUAUGUGUUUCGUUGCAAGUAAAUUUAGUGACAGUCCUUUUACGUUUGGUAUGAUUACAUCUUGGUUUUGAAGUCUGUAAUAGACAAACACAUUUCAGUCGGAAGAAAAAUGCUCCCGACUUACAUGCAUUUUCAAUGCCAAUUUCUCCACGCUCCUUGGAUUUCAAGUCUGUGUUAGGGAAACAAAUUUCAGUCGGAAGAAAAAUACACCCGACCUGCAUGAAUUAGCAAGGCCAAUUUCCCCCAGACACCUUGGUUCUGAAGUCUGUGUUGGGGAAACACAUUUCAGCCGGAACAAAAAUGCCCCCGACUUGCAUGUAUUUGCAAUGCCAAUUUCUCCACGCUCCUUGGAUUUCAAGUCUGUGUUAGGGAAACAAAUUUCAGUCGGAGGAAAAAUACACCCGACCUGCAUGAAUUAUCAAUGCCAAUUUUCCCCAGACACCUUGGUUCUGAAGUUUGUGAUGGGAAAACACAUUUCAGCCGGAAAUUAUCCCUUACUUGCAUGUAUAUUUGUUAAGCGGAUUCCCACAGCUACAUUGAUUUUGAAGUCUGUGUUCGGGAAUCCGUAAAUCGGGCCAAUCAAAACUAGGCAGUUAGAGCGUUUAGAUAGAGCUUGACAUUUCACAGUUAAUCAAUUGUUUAUCUAAUGAAACAUAACAUUUUAUUAAUUGCGAUAGAAGCGUAGAAAUAUUCCGUAUCAAUUAAUGCAAACAUCUUUUCGAUUCAGUAAGAAAUGUUCGAGUUAUAAGCAUUUGGAAUCUUUCAAUUUUUCCUGCAUGUUCUGUGUUUAGGUUUUCAUUUUACCCCCCAUAUACUCCGGUUAGACGUAGUCCCACGUCAAAAAUGACAGAGGAAUUGCAAAAGUAUGGGAAGCAAACUUGGUUGGAGAUGCCUGGUGAAGGGUGCACGUCGUUGUAAUAUUCUGCUUUAUUUACACUUCAAUAACACUACUUCAACACUUCCUGUUAGAGCUGUCUCCAAUCCACGACUGUUCUCUUUUCUCCCUUGUUCUAUUUUCCUGUCAAUGCACAGUUCAAUACCACAUCCUCCCCUGAUUUAAUCUGAAACUUCUUCGAAAUUAAAAAACUUGUUUAUUCCACGAACCGUAAUCUCAUAAACGUUGUCAUUAUCAAGAACCAUUUUCUCACAAGAGUCUUGACGAGCGAUUGAUAGAUUCGUAUUCAGUUUCUGAUUCGGAACUAGUAUAACGACUACAGCAAAUCCUGGGCACCUCUUCCGGACAUUAUAGGAAUUUUCUUCCAAAUUCAUUUCCUUCCUGCAAUUACUGAGACUGUCAACUGUCGGAGAAAAUCUUAAUUUCAAUCCCUUCAGGUGAGUGAGGUAAGAACAGCAACAUACUGUGUGUUUCAUAAAUAGAUCUUUCUUUGGGAAUCACCCAGCGUAUCUAUUUUAACGGAGAAACGUCUUACCUCGUGCUCGUUGAUGAUGAAAGGGAAGUCCAGGGCCAAUGAUUACUAAGCAAAGGUUUAUGCGGUGUCGAUGUCUUUCACGCCGCUGUCAUGACGUCACAGCUAAGCGUUCACCCUACGUGUCAUAUGUUUGAGAGAACACAUAGUUAAAUCGGUCGUUCUAUCAUUGUGUAUCACACACAUACUAGCCUACGUCAAGCUUGCGAAUAAACGUUCAACCAAGACGUUGGUCGCAUAAACAGACGUAAUGCGUUUUUCAAUUGAAUUAAAACAACAAAAGCUCAUUAAACCCCUUCGGCCCAUUUUUGACAGUUAAUAUUUAUUGAAUGGACAGAUUAUAUUAUAUAAAUUGUACACCGUCAUGAUUAUUCAACUAAAAACGACAAAACAAGAUUUCCCAAAUCGUGAGUUUUGGUGAUUACGUCAGUUUACGUUUAGUUUACCAACUAAUAAUGUUAUUAGGGGAUGUGCACAUACGUACCACGUGGACAGAAAACCCACGAUAUUAGACGGGGUUGUCCCCUCCCCCUUCGUGGACAGGCGUGGACAUUAUCUAUACCCCUCCCUCUGUUGUCCAAGUGGACAUUUCUCCAAUGCAGAAUAAAAAUUUUUUUUUUUUUCGUCGAUGCAACAAAUUAUCCUUGUGCAGAAUUUAUUGGAGUUUUAAAAACUGCCUUUCGAUUUGCGGUGCGAAGGUUGUUUAUUCAAUUAUUAAUCAUUAAAGACGAAGGAGUAAUUUUUCAUUCAAACUGAAAUAUUAGGCUGUCAAAAAAGUCCUGCGGUAUUUUUUUUUUGAAUUUUCAUUUGUUCAUAGAAUUAGUUACAAUCAUCUGUUUUAAUUCAAAUAUGCGCCGUUUUGUUCGAUGACUUGUUCCCAACGAGAUGUCAACUUCAUAAUACCCCUGUUAUAGAAGCUCGCUUCCUUAUUGGCAAAAAACUCGGAUAGCCAAUUUUCACAGGCCUCUUUUGUGGCUAACUUCUGACUACCUAGCUCGUUCGCCAUGGACAAAAACUUGGUGCAAGGUCCGGACUAUACGGCGGAUGCAAAAGAACCCCCCAUCCGAGCUUCCGGAGCUUCUGACGCGUCACCAAAGAAGUGUGUGGCCUGGCGUUCUCCUGAUGGAAGACAAUGCGGCCUCUGUUUAUCAAAGAUGGCCUCUUCUUCAUGAGUGCUACCUUCAAGCGGUCCAGUUGUUGGCAGUACAGGUCCGAAUUGAGCGCUUGGCCAUAGGGAAGUAGCUCAUAAUAGAUUAUUCCUUGAGAAUCCCACCAAACACACAGCAGAACCUUCCUGGCCGUUAAUGAGGGCUUGGCCACCGUCUGAGCCGCUUCAGCGGGCUUCGACCACGACCGUUUGUGCUUCUCGUUGUCGUAAGUGACCCACUUUUCAUCGCCAGUCACCUUCCGCUUCAGAAACGGGUCGAUUUUGUUGCGAUUCAGCAGCGAUUCACAUGCGUUGAUACGGUCAAAGAUGUUUUUUUGCGUCAACGUGUGUGGCACCCAUACAUCGAACUUCUUUGUGAAUCCAAGCUUCUUCAAAUGGUUAAUAACGGUUUGAUGACUUAUCCCCAGCUCUUGGCCGAUGCUACGGCUGCUACUAUGCCGGUCUUUCUCGGCUAAUUCAGCGAUUUUGUCGCAAUUUUCGACGACAGGCCUUCCGGAGCGUGGCGCAUCUUAGACGACCUCUACACCAGAACGAAAACGUUGAAACCAUCGUUGUGCGGUGGAAAUGGAAACUGUAUCGGGUCCAUAAACUACACAAAUUUUAUUGGCAGCUUGAGAUGUAUUUUUGCCUUUGUCAUAGUAGUACUGUAAAAUAUGUCGGAUUUUCUCUUUAGUUUGCUCCAUAUUUGCGACACUAUAACUCAGGAACGACUUAACCAAACAAAACACUGUCAAGGACUAUAUUAUAGUAUGACUCGAUACAAUGAAUACAACUAGAACUACGCGCUUACAACGACACCUCGCGGAAAUACCGCAGGACUUUUUUGACAGCCUAAUAUUUAUGUGUGGAAAGGUCCCAUAGGAACGUUCUUGGAACCCACUGAAAGCUGCUUGAUAAGGUCAAUUGAAUUUGCUGUUGAGUUGGUUGGCAAAAAAUUGUGUUAGUCCGGAAUAUUCUUGAAAAAACAAAGAAAAAUCUUUUUUUUUUGUUUCUUACUAAAACAAAGAACGAACGAAGAGCGCUUUACAGGGAAAAACUUUUUUUAACAAGCAAGUAUAAUAAUGAUUUUAUCUAUUUACCCUCAAUCAACAGUACGAAGGUAAACAUCAUGAAAAAGGUUGGCUUCACCUUCUAGUUGGAUUUUUUUAUCAUUACAUACUAACUGUACCCAAACAGCAUCACAAUGAAGUAAUAUGAGCUAUGUUUCUGAGUUCUUUAUUAUGCCCCGAUACAACGUACAAUUUUGAAAGUAAAAUGUACGUUAUAUCGAAGUUUCCCUGUAAUUCGAGAGUUAUGAAAAAGUCAUUUUUUGAAAAAAAAAAAAAAAAGUGAAAAGUUUAUUUUUCGGACCACCCUAAAAUGGGAAUGGUCACCCUAAUACGGGCCUAAUGUUUUGCGAUAAAGAACAAAAUUACCGCUUUUCACGAAAAUAUGACAAUCACAUGACAUGAGCAAUAAGGGAUAGAAUCUAGAUUGUUUCAAUUUGUACUCCCAGUAUGUUCCCGGAUUCAUUCUUGGCUUCAAAAUGUGAACGCUUCUUUCGCGUCGGAAUCCGUAAAUUGCAAGAAAGAUGGGAAAAAGAAGUGGUUAGCGAUGGCCAAUACUUUGAAUUAUGUAUUAAUGUAUUUCAUUAUUUAAAUAAACUUGUUUUACAUAAAAAAAAAUGGGUGGGUUAUAUCUAUGAUAUAACUGCAAGGUUGACGUGGGACUACUUUAGAUUAGCAAUCAUUUCAGUGAGUAGAAGAUAUGAGGGCAUAUCCUUCAAUGCAAUCUUGAAUAACCGAGCCAAAGCGUUAUGUUCGUACCCGUUCUUGAAAUCCGUGUUAGGAAAACACUUUUCGGAGUGCAAAAAAACAUGCGGGUUCAGAAGUACCUCCGGCUUGCAUGAAUCAACAACUUCAACUUCUACUUUUUAUACUAUAGAGGAUUAAUCCUGGAAGUUCAUUCGCCUCUAGUGUCUGCACGAUUUUCCCAGGUUCCUAAGUUUUGAAGACCGUGUUAAGGAAACAUAUUCUAGUUUGCACAAAGGCAAGCGAGUACAAAAGUACUCGCAGUUUGCUUUUAUUUGCAAAGCCGAUUUCCCCAGACAUCUUGGUUUUGAAGUUUGUGUUAGGCAAACACAUUUCAGUCGGAACAAAAAUACCCCCGACUUGUAUGAAUUUGCAAGGCCAAUUUCCUCAGACACCUUGGUUCUGAAGUCUGUGUAGGGGUAACACAUUUCAGUCGAAACAAAAACACCCCCGAUCUGUAUGUAUUUGUAAUGCCAAUUUCCUUACGCUCCAUGGAUUUGAAGUCUGUGUUAGGGAAACACAUUUCAGUCGGAACAAAAAUACCCCCGACUUUCAUGUAUUUGCAAUGCUUAUUUCUUCAAUGCUGCUUGGUUUUGAUUGCUGUGUUAGGGAAACCGAAAAUCGGGCCAAUCAAAACGAGGUAGUUAGGGCGUUUAGGUAACGCUUAACAUUUUACAGUUUUUUAAUUGUUAAUCUAAUGAAAAAUAACAUUUUAUUAAUUGCGAUAGAAGCGUAGAAAUAUUUCCUAUCAAUUGAUGCACAAUUUUUUCCGAUCCAGGAAGAAAUGUUCGAGUUAUAAGCAUUCGGAAUCUUUCAUUUUUCCCAGCAUGUUCUGUGUUUAGGUUUUCAUUUUACCCCCCAUAUACUCCGGUUAGACGUAGUCCCACGUCAAAAAACGGAAGAAAUGAAAUGAACCGUAGUGGUAUUACUACCAAAUGUUGUUUUGAAAUAUUGAUUAUCAAAUACGAAAAAAUUGUUGUUUAUCCACUCAUAGAUAUCUCUCUAGUAGAAGAUCUUAUUGGAACGUUCUACGAAGUAAACGAAAAUUGAACGAUUAGGCUAACUGAAUUUGAUAUUGUUUCGGCUGCAACAAUAUUGACUUAACCAACAAAAGCAAAAAAUGUUACUAGGAGAUUUCGAAAUAAGUAACUUAUUGUUAUAAAAUUAUGUAUAUUUCAUAUCUGAAUUUUAAUAAAUUUGGAAGUUAGUAUCGUUCGAAGCAAUCCCUCAAACAUCCUGCGCCUGAAGUAAUCAAUUCACAUCGAUACACCACGAGUCCGGUACGACGUUGUAGGUUAACCCUUUAUAAGGCCGUGGCAACUGUAUUGCCACCAACGAAAAAAGUUUUUUUCGCUGCACUUGGAAUACUAUUUCAAUAUUUUACUAAACCAAAAACAUCUAAAGGUAUCUGGCAAUACUUCAAUGUUGUUGGGGUGUUUUGCGAUUUUGAUAUGGGAGUCGUUUUUUGGUAACAAAACCACGACUUUGGAGCGCCGGUAGAAAAUUAUGUUUAAAUUCGUCGCCUUAUAGAGGGAUAACGGGACUAUAUUGCCAUCAAUUUUUUAACUGUUUCAAUAGUUAAAAAAAAUUCAAAGGUUUCAUUCCCCAUGUCAGGAUUUCGUUCUUUGAAGUUGUUAUAAAGGGUUAAAGGGUCAAAUGGCACUGAGAAAAAUUGAAAUAAUCAAAUUUAUUCUGAAUUUUGACGAAUGAUCAGAUAAAAAUGCAAUAGUUCUCGCAUCACUCUAAUUGUAAUCAAAAUGAUUACACAAAAUUAAAUGCAUUAACAGUAAGUGAAUUGUGUUCAAAAUAGACAUGUCCUUUCAUCUGGCAUCCUUGGUUCUCAGAACAAUCUGAGAUAACAAUAAUUGCAAAUAUCCCGCCUCGAUAUACGCACAUCUCUGACAAUUGUGUAUCGGUGGAAUGUUUACGCCUACAAGUAUACCUGCUUCCAGUCACACAGGAAACACAAAAGACAACACUUAGAAAAAUCCUCGGUCGAAAACUACCAAAUACAUUUGGUAAUGCAAAAUUAGUAGAAUGUACAAAUUUUUUGUACAUAUUGUCAACAAACCCGCACCCCUACCAGAGAUUAGUAUAUUUUACUCGAUAACAUUAGUAAGCUUGGAUAUUGUCAUAUCUGAAAACUGGCGAGAAAAGCGCGUAUUAACCAUUUUCAUUGUUCCCAUAAGGCAAUACGAAGGUAUAAUAAGGAUAUGAUUCUGAUACGUGCAUUUUCGGCGAGAAAAUGUAGCCGAUAUUGGGCUUCCGAAUCAUGGUUCUGCUUGACAUAUGUGUUUAUUAGUACGGUCGAAAAUGAUUAUAGAUUGGUAGUAUUUACCAAAAAAUUCGUUAUAUUUACUAAUUAUUUCUCUCAGUGAAAUCGUAAGAAAUUCACGUUGUCAAGUUCACUACUGCUUCUCUCGUGUAGAAGGGGUGCCAGAUGAUUUUUUUUUUGCAAAUGAGUGUUUAAGCAACUGCAUAGUUAUAUUUACAAUAUUUACAGUUUUCGCUACCUUUAAGUUUCUUGAGAAAUCUUACUUUAAAGAUUUUGAGACGUGACGCUUUGUGGAGCUUUUUUUCGAGCAGGGCGUGUUGUCACGUUACGAAAUGCAUGUGCACUUUUGAAGAUAGUUUUGGAGAUAGGACUAUUUCUUCACACAUCACAUUUCAGAUUAUUUUAUUUCGAUACUCUAAAUUGCCUUAAUUACUAAAGCUUUUUGGCUAUAUACAACUAGGUUUGGCACUUCUAAAAAUAUUGGGUUGUCCGAAAAGUAAUUGCCGAUUUUUUCAAUACGAAUAAAAUACAACUUUUUGUACAUAGAAUGAACGCAUAAAAAUGAGAUGUAUGUCAUUUCAAAGUCUUAACUCCCAAGUUUUGGAAUAUUUUACGAACAAAUUUUUAUCUUGGUGUGUGUAGAUGUAGUGGACAAACAUAUCGGAAAAAUAAAAAAUAGAUUUCUUGCUGUUUUUUCAAAGAUUUUGUGGAGUAACAUAAUGUUUUGCAAACUAAUUUAAUAGCAAAUCCAAUGCACCUACUCAACUAGCUUUCAUUUGAUUCCUAUAACGUUUCCGUUAGACCUUUGAUUACUUAAUGAUUAUUAAUUGUUCAAUAAAUAAUUUACAUUUAAAUUAUUAAUAAACAUUUUUGGAAAUCGAUGCAAAAAAAUUGAAUAAAUUUUUUUUCUCGUCAAUAUUGUCCUUGUUACCCUUAUUCCUGUUCAGAAUUUAUUGGAGCACAAAAUUUACUCGGCACCGUUGAUGUUGACAUUGAGCGGAAGAGGAACAUAAUUCUUCAGAUGCUUUCGACAGUAUUUGCCACAUCUUUUUUUUGACAAAUAAAUGGUUGAUAAGACAGGUUCAACAGACUCAAAACGCAAAUGAAAAAGUUUCUAUCUCAAUAUAUCAAUCAUUCCCACGUUUGGCCAACAGUCCAAUCAGUUCACGUGAUACAUCUUUGUUCACGGUUUUGUGUUUUUUGCUCUUAACUCGAUCAGCCAGUCAGUCGAAUAAUCCCACCUAAAAGAUACGUCUUGAACAAGACAAAGUAGCUAGAUCAUUAACCAAAAACACACACAGAAACAUUAAUGGCGUCUAAACUAAACGGAAAUUUGAAUGGGCACAAGCAUAUUUUUAACAACUAGUAGCAGGAAAAACAAUAUAAUCCGAUAGCAAUUGCGCUAGGGUAGUGCAAAUAGUAGGGGAAAUAUUUUGAGACUAUUUUGAAUCGAGCUGGUGAAUUGCUUUCGCAAGCCUUUUGGUUGGAAUUGCGUUUGAGAAUGGAUUUAGCAAUUACGGGAAUCCCAAUUCUAUCCGCAGAGGAAAACGAUCUCUUCCACUAAUCUUUUCAACGAUUUCUUUUCUAGAUUUAAUAGGAAGCAUUCUUCGGUUCACUGACGAGGAUAGGUUAUUCCAAACACGUUAGUAGUAGUUAUGAUCAACAUGAAUCACUUCCGGAAGACCAAAUAGACAUACACGAGAGAUAAAAAAAAGCUCAUUACCAGUUUCGGCCCAAAUCUAGGAGAAAUAUACAUUUACUGGAUCAGCUAUUGAUUUUAACAUUGUUCAAGUUUGAAACUUAUUAGAAGUUUAAUUCGUAUUAAGCAUAAGUUCCGCAAUUAAGGCUACCGCAGCUGUGCUAGAAUUUGGAAACGGACUAAAAUCUUGUAUUCUAAGCAAAGAAAUUUUAUUUAUAUUACUAGCAGGUAAUACGCUUGCAUUCAAACGAAACUCGUUCACAGAGAAGGUAUGAAUAUUUAUCACAAAGUAUCUAUAUUUACACAUUAACACUCGCACGCACCGCAGCGGUACAUAAGUGUCGAAACUUACAAUGUUUAUAUUUUAGUACCCUUAUAUGCACCACACCGUCUUGUAGUAAUUCCUUAUUCACGCACACAGUCAUAGUAAAUCAGUGCGAAGUUUUUAAUUGCAUGGAAUCAAUUUUAUAGGGUAUCGAAAAAAAUCAAAGCAGGAAUAUUCAAAUUCGCAGAUUAAAAUUUAAGCUCAAUGUUUCUUCUCAUCCACGAAAAGAGAGAAAGCAGAACAAAUAAAUCAAAAUUUAUCUAAAAAUUAUAUAACAGGGAAUUGCUCCCUGCAGUAAAGAACGAUCAAAUGCAUCAAAUUGAAACAUAAAUUGUAACAAAAAACGAUUUAGUUCCAGUACAAAACUCAAUGAAAAUUGCCUUUUAAAAAUCGGAAAUAAAGAUCAUCUUAUAUUUCAAACAUCAUUCUCUCGUAAUCUUAGAAUCGAUUAAAUUAGCAGGUUCCUGUUGGAUUCGACAUGGAUUUCGUUUAGCAGGAAUUAAAAUACACCGAAAGGAUCCAUUCAACAUUCGAAAACGUGUGAGGAGAGAUGAAUAACGUAUACAAUGCGGUUUAAAAUAGUGACCCAACUGUGUCAAUUCGACAAACCGACAAGAAAGUUUAAAUUCUGUACUAUUUUCCCCUUCAAAAUGAGUGAUAGCAAAAAGCGAAAUACGAGGAAACAAAAACUUUAAACCAAAUAUAAGACAAACACUUCACUGUCUAAUAAUUAUAGGAUUUAGACUAGCUAAAAUGUUUUAAAAGGUAAACUCAUAUAAGGAAUUCUCAAAUUACUUGCGGUUAAGCACUUGUGGCGAUGAUGAAAUGAAACUAUAAGUAUCGAAUAA